AUGGAUUCUGGUUUUAUCAAAGAAGAAAAAUAAAGCUCUGAAGUAGCAAAUAAACAGAAGCAAUAUUAAUAAUUUCAAUUAUUUAAUUUUGAUUUUCAUAAAUAAAAAAAGGGUUGUAUCAGCGAUAUCAUUCAUAGGCAUAUUACAAAUUGGAAAGGCUAUUAGUUUGGAUCAGUGGAAAUAAAUGCAUUUUAUACAGACAUGGAAUAGGAUCAUUCUUAUAUUUAAUGGAUAUUUCCAAAUUUUUUUUAAAGCAAUUUUAAUUCUGAUAGCUAUAGAUUAACUAUUGAAGAAAGAAAUAAGAUGAUUUCGGAUAAAGAAGUUUAAUAUUGAUAUUAACUUAUAGGUUAUGGAUUUUUAUUUUGAUAAUUACAAAAUGAUUCUAAGAUUUUUUGGAAUUAGGUGGAGUGUAGAUAAUUUAGAAUUUGAGAAUAAGGAUUAAUUUUAAAUAUGUAUUCAAAUUAAUACUCAUAACUAAUUAAGAUUAAAGAGAAUCUUUGCUUCUUUAAGUGUUUUAGGAAAAAGAUAGGAGGCAAUUAAACUAUUAAAUUUUAUACAAAAAUAAGAUUACUAGCUUUACUGUGAAGAAUACUAGAGAUAUAAUUUGUUAAAGGAGGAAGAACAUAAUGUGUAAAAGCAAAUAAUUGGCAAUAAAUAAGAUACAACUUAAAUUUAAAAAGUUUAAGUAAACUUUAAAUCUAAAGAUUAAAUUCAUUCUAAGCCAGAAAAUACUUAAAAAUUAUAAAAAUAAGGAUAUUAAAAGUUAUCAAAUUAAUAGUAAAAUAUGAAAAAGGUUACAGAAGUAAGGUAGCAAUAAAAUUUUCAACAAAAGUCAAAAAUAUCUAAUAAGGUCAUUAAAACUCAAAAAAUAACUACUCAACAACAAUAAAAAUCAUAAAAUAUUGAACAUGUUUAAAAUCAAAAAGAAUAAUCAUAGCUGACUAAUCAUAAUUAAUUAAUUUAGGAAAAUUAAACAUCAAUAUUGUCUUGGGAUUAAGUCAAAUAUAAAUACGUAGGUUAAGAUUAAAUUGAUGAAAAAUGGGCGAAAAUAGAAUUGUUGAACAAAGAAAUAGUUUAAUAUUUAUGA